AUGCCAGAAACAUUGGCUUCUGCAGCCGAGGCAGAUUCGGGCGCCGAUCUCUUAGAUGCACUGUCCGAGAGCCACAUGCAAGCUGAUCCUAACGACGACGAAGAGGAAAGCCGCAUGGACCUCGUGCACCAAAUUUACCGCCUGCUUCUCGGUGGCAACCUGCGUUUUGCUCCCCUCGGCAACAACGUCCAUAGCGUUCUCGACUUUAGCACCGGUACUGGUAUCUGGGUCUUGAGUUUUGCAGAGACACCACCCAACUGUGUCUUUGAAGUCGGCGACUUCGAGUCGGAGUGGACAUACGGCCAAAUUUUGACUUCAUCAUCGGCCGCAUUCAAGCACUUAAACUCUGGCGGCUAUAUCGAGAUGCAGGCUGCAUUCCCACAGUUUUCCUCGGACGACAACACCGCCAAGGAGGCCGUCAAUGCCCACAAAUGGAUGCGCCUCAUGUGUGAGAGUGCGGCCAGCUAUGGUAAUCCCUGGGACCUGUCCGGCCGCUGGAAGGAGAAAAUGGCUGCCUCCGUCUUUGUCGGCGUGCAGCAGACCAUCCUCAAGGCCAGUUCAUGCAGCCCCUUCCUGUGCGUACCUUAG